CAGUCGCCCCGUUUACGUGACCCCGCGAUGAAUCUUCUCUAAAACUCCCUGAAAACAGUGAAUUACGUCAAAAAAAACCCUGCGAAUCCCUCCUAACCCCCCAGCAGCCCCUCUCGCCCCCAAAAUGCCGAAAGAACUCCCCCAAACGUGAAGGUGCCCCCUAAAAUCGAAGCCCCUAACCUCCACGAGUGUCAACACCAUCAGCCAUGGCGCCAGUCCCCCUGGAGGGUCACCAGACCCCCGUAUCCAACAACAUCCCCCAGGAAGGCAACCGGGGGGGUUCCAUCUCCCUGGGGAUGCUCAUCGACUUCAUAAUCCAGCGCACCUACCACGAGCUGACGGUCCUCGCCGAGUUGCUCCCCCGAAAAACGGACAUGGAGCGUAAAAUCGAGAUCUGGAACUACUCGGCCCGCACCCGUCAGCUCUUCGUGCGUCUGCUGGCCCUCGUAAAAUGGGCAAACAGUGCCUCCAAGGUCGACAAAUCCGCGCACAUAAUGAACUUCCUGGACAAGCAGUCACUGCUCUUCGUGGACACAGCUGACAUGCUGGCACGAAUGGCCAGGGAGACCCUGGUGCACGCCCGCCUCCCGAACUUCCACAUCCCAGCGGCUGUCGAGGUGCUGACGACCGGCACCUACGGCCGCCUCCCGGCAUGCAUCCGCGAGAGGAUCGUCCCGCCGGACCCCAUCACCCCGGUGGAGAAGCGAACGACCCUCCAGAGGCUCAACCAAGUCAUCCAGCAUCGACUGGUGACUGGAAAUCUCCUCCCCCAGAUGAGAAACCUGAAGAUCGAGGCUGGCAGGGUGACCUUCCUGGUGGAGCAGGAGUUCUCGGUGUCGCUGACGGUCAUGGGGGACGGCCCCAACGUCCCCUGGAGGCUCCUGGACCUGGAGAUCCUGGUGUCGGACCGAGAGACCGGCGACGGAAAGGCCCUGGUGCACCCCCUCCAGACGAGAUACGUUCACCAGGUCGUCCAGGCCAGACUCGCCGAGAGCUCAAACUCGUUGUCAGAAGUUUACUACAUUCUUCAUUACUUCUGCCAGUCCCUCCAGCUGGAGGUGCUCUACUCCCAGACACUGAGGCUCAUCAGGGAUCGGUUGGACGAUCACAUCCAUGUGGAUGAGUACGUCCCUGGGAAGGGGCUCGCCAUAUCCUACUGGAGGGAACUGACCACCAAGGACCCCAGGUCCGAGCUGGGGUACAAGCUCUCGGUGCAGGUGGACCAGAGUGAUCCUGCCAGGCCACUGGCCGUGGUUCACGUCCCCUCCCUGGGUUCCAAGGAGGAGGAGAUCGCCGAGAGGGCGAUCAGGUCGGAGCAGCUCUCCAUGGAGUGCCUCCUGGUGCACACCAUCUACAUCAGAACGAGGAACAGGCUCAAUGAGCUCAAGCAGGAGAUCCAGGGGAUGCUGAAGGAUGUGGAGUGCACGUUGAACGGAUCCCCUGCCAUUCUCGCUGUGCCCAUACUCCAGCCCUGCCUCAGGGCCGAGUUACUCCUGGUUACAGUGGACACUCACACUGGAAUGCUCCAGUGCCAUGUGCCCCAGUAUGAGGCACCUCUCGUGCCGGAGCUGACGGCGGCUCUCAACAAUGACCACUCGAGGUUGCCUGGGCUGAUUUCAGAGUUGAGGUUUUGGAUUACGCAGAGGAGGUGCGAGAAGACUCUGCAGCAUCUGCCUGCCACACCUCAUGAGAAACUACCGAUUUUACAUAAUCCGGAGUUUACUAUGAGCAAUAUUAGCAGGCAUAGGAUGUUUGUGAGACUGCACAGACAUCCGAAUGUUGUUUUGAUCGUUGCAUUUAAAGAGAAAGAGUCAUCGCCCUGUGAAAUAGAGUGUUCUUUCUACAUGGCAAGUGUGAAGCCAAGCUCAGCCGAGAACAAUUCACAGGAUGAGAAUAUAGAGUCGGAAAUUCCCAAGAUGUAUCUCAAGCUUCAGAGCUUGAUUGAAUUUGACACGUUCGUGAUCACGCAUGGACCAUUCACAAGUGUUGACAGUGGAAUUAAUGAACAAGAUGGGGGGUGCAUUACAGACGUUACCGACAAGGGGAAUAAGCGCCGUAGCACUGGGCCCAGUGGACGCCAGGAUGCCUCAGGAACCCCCCAGAGCAGACGACCCAAGCAUCCAGCGUAUUUCAUACCCGAGUUGGCUCACGUCGUUGCACUGUGUGACGAAAGAAUUCCAUUUAUCACUCUAGCUCUAGAGCUGACAAAACGAGACAUCGCCCACCAGGGUCUCCAGGUAGAAGCGAACGCUACCGCCCUGGUCCUGAAGCCGGUCCUCCUGCCAGCCCCCUCGCCCACGAUAAACGCAAGUCCAGGCUGGCAGGCCCUCCUGAAACGCCUGUUGAGCGUGUCGAUCCGAGUCCAGGGCAAAGGCAUGGCGAAGACCUGGAUGGCAGAGUUCGUAUUCUACUCGUCCCCCCUGACCAGCAGUCACCCAAAGGAGCAAGGUCUCCGUCGUCCCGUGUACUUCCAGUACGAGAUGGGGACCGCCGAGACAGUCUCACGAACAGUGGACGCCCUCCUCAACAAUUGGGCGCAGAUAGUUCACCUCUACUCCAUCGUGCAAGACCUCGCGGAGUACUUCAAGAUGGAGAAGUACAAUCUGAGGAAUAUGGUCAGCAUAAAGUCCUUCAGCUACAGCAAGCUCAUCCUGGCUUAUGGCCCGAACAGGGGUGCCAUCGUCACCGUUCACUGGAGCACGAAGGAUAAAGCCUUCAAACUCAUCUUCGGGAAGAGCCCGACGAACACGACCAGCAACGCCCACUCCCUCAUGAAAGAGCAGUUGGAGGCCCACCUCAAUCGCCACAGGAAUCUCGCCCAGAUUAUUUUUUACCUGAAUGAGACACUCCAGCCCUUGAUCUCCAUAAGCAAACUCCCUAUAAUCCCGCAACUGGGGGUCCUCAACUCGCGGCCUCAGGUCCCAGUGCAGACAUUCACGAUAAUGCCACAGUCGGUGACGUCAGUUCGACUUGCAUAUCAGGCGAUGUACUGUCUCGAGCUGAGGGUCAGAGGUGGCGGCCUCGUCAGCCUGCGGGAUGGCGCCUACUCCAGGUUCGACCGAAGCAACGUGGUGGACGAUUUCACCCCCACCCAGGGUCUGAAGACCUUCCUCUCGAAGUACGUCGACGAGAGUGCAGUCUUCCGAAGGCGUUCUCAAUCAGAGGACGACAAUCCCCCCUCACCAGUGACAAUGGACUCCGAGGGUCCAGGUGGUGUGGGCUUCAUGAGUCAUCACCGAGGGGGUCCGCAGUCCCCGGCGCAGCAGCGGGACGGCUUGAGGUUCCACCCGCCCUUGACCCCCCCUUCAGGGUCAAAUCCGCACACCCCAGCAAGCCCCCACACUGCGAACAUUUCGCAGGCAAGUCAGCACCAGAGUUUCGGGAGCAGUCCGGCCACAUCCUUCAACCUGGCCUCCCCUCCGUCCCUGCCUCCAAACACUCCCAACAUGCUGCCACAUCCCUCACCAGGGUCUGGGCUGGUAGCAAACAGUCCCCUCAACCAGAUGCACGUACCCAGUCCAGCAGGGCUCAUGCCAACGUCGUCACCAGGGCCCUGCAGCAAUGUCCAGGUCGGGCAUUCCCCAGCCAGUUCCUUCAUGCAGGGCCACAUUGACGGCAGUCCCUUCCCCUCCUCUCAGAGUAUGGCGUCACCAGCUGCGUCGAACUGGCCGGGAUCGCCCAGUGUUCCCAGGCCCUCGCCAGCGAGGCCAGGGCAGAAUCCGGCACACGCUGCUCUGCACAGCCCCCAGCCCUCUGAUCACAAAAUCGGGUGCCACAUCUCCAGGGUUCUGCCUCAGAGGUCGUGGGCCGGGGCUGUGCCGACGCUGCUGACGUACGAGGCCUUGGACAUUCUGUGUUCACCAUCAGCUCAUCCCUCCGGGCUUCCAGGUCCCGAUUUGUCGCCCCUCGAGAGGUUCCUCGGCUGCGUCUACAUGAGGAGACAGCUCCAGAGGUUCAUACAGACCGACGACUGCCUCACGAGCAUCAACAGCACUGAACCUGGGGUCGUUCACUUCAAGGUGGAGACACUCCAGUGCAGGGUUGUCCUGAAUCCUCAGCAUCUCCAGUCGUUGCAUAUCAAGGUUCAGCCACUCCCCGAACACCAGGACAAGUGGACACUCGAGGAGCUCCAGAUCAUCGAGAAGUUCUUUGAUACGAGGGCAGCUGCUCCUCCUUACAAACCUAAUACGCUCUGUGGAUUUGGCAGGAUGCUCAAUGUUCCUUUUAAUGUACUCAAGGAUUUCAUACAGAUUAUGAAGUUGGAGCUCGUGCCGGGGCUCGUGCAGCAGCAACAGCUCAAGUGGUCGAUUCAGUGGUGUCUCAAGGUGCCACCUUCUGCUACUGCCAUCGUUCCUACGGGAAUGGCUGGGGUGCUGGUUUGCAAGAAUAAAAUUUUGUUCUUUAUCCAAUUGACAAGAGUCGGAGUGCCUUACCAGGGUGAGCCCCUGUCCCUGGCGCUCCCUCUCGUCUACGACAUCCAGACGAACCUGACUCAACUAGCAGAGAGACGUGACUCCCCAUCCUCAUCGACAGCAGCAGCCUCAAUGCAGCUGAAGAGAUUCGUCGAGUAUCCAGGGGUGAACUACCCCGAGUGCUCCCUAUUCCCCGCAGUCAGGGACCUCAUGGCGAACUUGACCCUUCCCUCCGAGCCCCCGGUGAUGCCCCAGGUGGUGGCCUCACCAGCAGCCGGACAAGUCACUCCCACCCAGCAGAUCCAGAGUCCAGCAAUGCAGAUGCACUCGCCCAUGGCUGGGGGCCAGGGCCCACCCCAGGGGCCCUACGGUAUGCAGGGAAUGCCCUCCAUGGGGAUGAUGGGCGGACCUCCCCAAUAGGGAUUCGAGAAUCUCCACCAGCAGAGCCCGGGCUACUACUAUCCUUAAUUAAUUUAAUUGUGAUAUACUGAACAUAAUGAGGAAGCAAUGGACCAUUUGCUGAUUGAUAGCUUCUCUGCAGUGGGUGGAUGUCGUCGAAUUAGUUAAUGUCCUAGGGUUUUAAGUGAAUAUUUAUUUGUUUCGCAGGUGGAAUUAAUAAUGUGAAAUCUUGAAAUAAAUUUUUAUAAGAAUUAUGAUGAACAGGGGAACAACAUGUAAUUUGCCAUUCAGGGGUCAUGUGCACAUGCCUAGAAAUUAGCGAAGAAAUGAACAGUUUUCAAAUAUUUUUUAGUUGUAUGCAAUUUUUGUUGUCAUUUUCAUGCUGCAAACAGAUGAAUUUGAAAAAAAUGGUUCAUAGCAAAAUAUGGAUAAUUACUGACUUUUUCAAA